AUGAGCUUUAGCUCUCAUCAGUCGCAGCCUGAUGAGCUUCGUACAUUUCUGUCGUCUCCUAAUACCACCUUCACAGCCUAUGGCGUCCUCAUCAUCUCCAUUAUCUACUACGUCCUACGCCAGCUGGAUCAAGCCGAUCUCUCAGCUGCCGAGUUCAUCUGGAAUGUUCUCGUCUACUUGACACCCUCGCGGCUCAUCAGUCUUUUGGAUUCUGCCUUUACAUCUUCGAAUCCGACCAGCACGGCAGUCAGUGGAUUGGGCUCUAGCUCCACAGGUCAUGCAGCAAAGGGCAAUGCCAUGAGGCGCAUACUAGGGUUUGACAAAAGUGGAUUGGGAUCAGUCAUCCAGCGAACGCGGACACUUUCAAACUUAGGAAGCAUAAUCAAGCCAAAGCGAAGCAAAGCACCCCCAGGUCUAGGAAACUGGGACAACUCAUGCUAUCAGAAUAGCGUGCUCCAGGGUCUCGCUGCGCUAGAUCCGGUGCGGGAUUUCCUGAACACUGUGACUGAUGAGGAGUCAGAACCCACCACAAGCUCGACUUUGAAAGACCUCAUCAAGAAUCUCAACAAUGGGCAGAACAAUGGGAAGACAUGCUGGACACCAGCGAAAUUGAAGAAUAUGAGCAGCUGGCAGCAACAGGACGCGCAAGAGUAUUUCUCCAAAGUUCUGGAUGAAAUUGAGAAAGAUGUCGUCAAGCAUGUCAGAAAACGGUCAAGAUUAACGGCCCUUCAAGGAUUGUUAGAGCUUCAAAGUCUUCCAACAGACGGAGAAGUGAAGGGCAGUAUUACAUCAACCUUAGUUGCAAGGAUUGGCGAUCUUCCAGACGAAUUACGUUUAAUCAUUUCUAAAACCCCUCUUGAGGGCUUGUUGGCUCAACGAGUUGGCUGCCAAAGAUGCGGCUACGUCGAGGGUCUGUCAUUGGUUCCAUUCAAUUGCAUGACAUUGCCUUUACCAGAGGAAAACAUUUCUAAUACUACGCAUGACCUUGAAACCUGCCUUGAUGACUUUACCGCUUUAGAGCUCAUCGAUGGCGUCGAGUGCGUCAAAUGCACGCUUCUGCAAGCAGAGAAACAAAUGGUUGCGCUGCACGAAGCAUUGCAAGCUGCUCCAGCGAGAGCCGUGGCUCCUUACGAGUCAGUACAGUCUCAACUAGAUUCAGUCAGGCAAGCGUUAGAUGAUAGAGACUUCUCUGAUGGCGCACUCAAAAAAUGCCAAAUAGGACCCAAGAGCAGGGUGUCUACGACCAAGUCUAGGCAGGCUGUCAUUGCCCGUGCACCUGAGGCGCUGGUACUACACAUCAAUAGGAGCAGAUUCAACGAACUAACCGGGGUACAAAGCAAGAAUUACUCCUCACUCACCUUCCCGAAAGACCUGAAUUUAGAUUCCUGGUGUUUAGGGCAAUCUCCAAGUAAAAUGUCGCUGAUUAACGCCACUGAGGAAUGGAGAACCGAUCCAUCAAAAUCUCUUCUUUCAGAUGUAUCGUGCGACAAGCUCCCUCCAGGCCUGCAAUACAGGCUUCGAGCAGUGGUCACACACCAUGGUAGGCAUGAGAAUGGCCAUUACGUUUGCUACAGAAAGUCCCCUACGCAUCCUGGAGCAGGCAAAGACUCCGAAUUUUUGGAAGAAACAGUGUCUUCGUGGUGGAGUUUGAGUGACGAGGAUGUGAGAGAAGUCAUCGAAGAACACGUUCUUGCGCAAGGCGGCGUCUUCAUGCUCUUCUACGAGCAGGUUUUGGCACCGGUCCCUGACCAGUCUACUGUUUCCGAUGUAAAUCAUUGCGUGGAUGUCAUGACGACUCCAGCGAUAUCUCAAACGUCACAGAUCGAUUUAGAGCCCAUUGAUCUGCUCACCGCUGAGAAAGACCCUACGUCUGCUCACGAAGACGAAGCUAUGACUUCACUCACUGUAAGCAGGGAUCUGGAUUGUAAUGAAACGCCUAACAAACAAUCCCAUCGCCUUCCUCCACCAGUAACAUGUUGUGAUGAUGCCAGUGGAGAUUGCACUGUCCCGAAUGGAUGGAAUGAUGGACAGCGUGAAACAUCACCUGCUGCUACGUCGACCCCAACACCCCCGUUAAAACCAUGUCACUUUCCUUCAAAUCCAAGAGGCAACAUGAGUUUGCCCGACGAUAAGACUCAGACCAAUCGAGAUGAUAGUAACAGAACGAGUGCGACUGAGAGCAUCGCGGGCUCGGUGCAAUCCCACGAACGUCCUCGCAGCAUAUCAAUCAAAGAUCUUUUUAGCGACAUCCCUAGUACUGUCACAUCGAGACCUGCAUUUAGCGAUGGCGUUCCACUCUCGGUGCAUCAUCAUGUUCCACGUUUGGUUCAUCAUCAUCGUCCCCAGACAUGA